AUGUUCUCAUUCUCGACGCCAAGUGUCUACCAGUCCUCCAAAUGCUUUGUGACAUAUGGAGUAAUGGGUCAUCUCGACCCUAAACAACUGCCGAGCAAGGGGAAGCCAUGGAGCGCCUUGUCAGCGCAAGACUUCGUCCACAGGGUGGAUCUGAUCUUCCCGGAAGAGCUGCUGCAUGUUAUCCAGGAUAAGAUCACCAGCGAUCCGGGACGGGCGCCUACAUUCUACAGGGUCAUCAUGACUCUAGGGCAAGUCCUGGAGGGUGACUUCUUCACAGAGUACAUCAAGAUCGGGAAUAUCGCGAUGCUGUCAGAGGGAAAGAUAGACUCUGAUAACGUAUUCUCGCUCAAGGAUGGCGUGCUCACGAUGUACCUUGACAGAGAGACUUACGAACGAGCUGGACUUGUCGGGAAGCCUUACGGGGUUAAGGGUAAACGAGGUCUCAAACCAAGAUGGAUCGUGGAAUUUAACCUUCGAAGUCCGUCGAUGCUUCAUGGGAAGAAAGGCUUCGACAGAUUGGCAUUCGCAUGCAAGAAUGUGCUGAAUACACCCACCACCUGGCUCUUCUCUAAUCUAUCCAGGACGCCGGAUCCAGACCCUCUUUUACGGCACUAUCCCACCAAGUAUACGUCACACCCUGAGGUCCUGGGAGGGCUGGAUAUGACGCUUCCGCCGCUGAAGCCCUUGCCCGCUGUUCUCGAGAGCCAAAACCGUCUAGAGCUGGAGGAAUUCGCAACGGAUACAUACGAAUGGUUAUCCCUGAUCCGACUCGACAGCCCAAGGCUGCAUGCGGAUGACACAAUUGACCCCUAUCUGUGCGGGUACUCCGUUCCCGGAGAUCCGGAAGAUGCCCAGCGAGGAAAAGUAUGCCGCGUCCGCUGGCAAGGCUUCAUCCCGCCAAAGUGGACGCAACGGAUCUUGGUGGACGUGAUUCUUGCUGUGCCGGCCCGGGCAUGGUUUUCGCUGAGCGCCACAUCCUUCGCAAAAGGUAUGAUGGGUGACGCUGCCGACUGCACUAUCCUAAGACCGCCAGACUCGUCGGGGGAAUACUUCCUCUGGGACAUAAAAAAACACGAUUGA